AAGCGAUUUGAGACAUUCAGGACAACCGUACAGGUUAUGUGGGUCUGCGAAGUGUAAUUUGUUGAUAUCUAGUGCAUAAAAGUGCAGUGUUCUCAUUUCGGGACAUCCUACUCGCGGCCAAAUCCCAAAUAACGUUACUCUCGACCGCUCUGCUUACGUGUUCGGCCUUAUUUUUUCAUUUCCAAAAUAAUUUGUUAUCUUCCCAAAUUUAAAUCACGCCGUUUUUAAGUGUUGUUCUAAUAAAUAAAUGGUUUAUAGUGACGUAACGUAGAUUUGCGGACCGACUUUGCUAGUGGCGAUUUAUAUGACCCGCCGAGAAAAAUAGGUUACUUCUAAUAAGCUGGGCCCCCCUUCUGGUUGUUGAACUGAAUAUUUUGCAAUUACAGCUGUUGAUGGCACAAUUAAUUGAAACCCACUUAAAGUCCUACGACAGGUGAUCAUGGCAAAUACUGCCACUGAAAAUGAGGCAGAUUCUGGUAGUAGUAUAGCUGUAACAACACAAGAGCAUCCAAUACAGGAGGAUGCUGAUCAAACCGAAGACAGAGUAACUGGCUCAAAUACAAACUACGAUUCUUCAGAAGGCGGACACAAAUGCAAUAGAUGCGAUUUUGAGGCUUCAUCAGCAACAUCAUUGACCAAUCAUUUGACCAUAUCCCAUUCGGGUGCCAGCGAAGUCGAAAUGGAAGUGGCUGAGAAUAACAACCCCCCUGCGGAUAGGGUACAUCGAAAAAUGUUCGAAUGCGACGUCUGCAACAUGAAGUUCUCGAACGGCGCCAACAUGCGCAGACACAAGAUGCGCCACACCGGUGUCAAGCCCUACGAGUGCCGUGUCUGUCAGAAACGAUUCUUCAGGAAAGACCACCUAGCCGAACACUUCACCACGCACACCAAAACGCUGCCUUACCACUGCCCCAUCUGCAACAGAGGCUUUCAGAGACAAAUUGCUAUGCGAGCCCAUUUCCAAAACGAACAUGUCGGACAACACGACCUCGUCAAAUCCUGUCCUUUAUGCAAUUACAGGGCCGGCUCUAUGAAGAGUUUGAGGAUACAUUUUUUCAAUAGACACGGCAUCGACUUGGACAACCCUGGUCCGCCGGGCUCGCCCAAUCAGCUGAUAGCGGCCGCCGCUCAGCAGAGUUUCGGACCGGUAGAGGGCGCCCUUAGCUCGCUCAAUCACCUCAGCAGCAAUCUGUCGGUCAGCGUGACGGGUGGCAGCGCCAACUACAGCGAUUCCGGCGAGUCUACCGGAGCGAGGAGCACGGACAAUGCGACGCCGCCUAUGCACUUUUUGACGCCGCACGUCGAGAUUUCAAUGGCCGAUGCACCGUCGGCUGUUUUUUCACCUUCAACGGCUGACCAGCAACUAUCGACAAGUCAGUCAUCUCAAGGAGACACCCGACUGGUCAACGGAGACUGUCCAAAUUCCCCUCAAUCCGCAGAUUCAAACUCCAACGCCCCCACAAGCAGUCACAUUCAACCGAGCUCGCUGCGGAUGGAGCAAGAGACCAGCAUAACGCCAUCUAUCUCGCUCAUACCGAUAAAACAGGAACCUGGAGACGAUUACCACGAGGGUGGUAAGAAGAACGGGCCUGUCAAUUUGAGUACGUCGCCGUCGAAUAGUCUGCAAAUGAACCCGACUAGUAGUAGCCUGAGUUCUUUGAUUAAGGUGUCUCCAUUAAAGAGUUUGCUUAGAGAUGAUCUGAAGAGGAAAAUCAUUUCUCGAAGUAAUUCUGCCAGUCGAAGCCGAUCUACAGCUUCACCGAAUGCCAAUAACUCUGAUAGUUCGCCUACAGACGCUAACACAACUACAAACGGAGCAAUAACUUCAACGGGACCUGAACAACCAUCCGACUCCACUCUGUGGCGUAUCGUCGGUAAGAGAUCGCUACAAUGCGUGUUUUGCGGCAUUGGAUUCCCAGACCAAACGUUGUAUUUUCUUCACAAGGGUUGUCAUUCGGACGCUAACCCUUGGAAAUGCAACAUUUGCGGCGAGCAGUGUUGUAACGUAUACGAAUUCAACUCGCAUUUGUUAAGUAAGAGCCACCAAUAGCAAUAAUUCUUAGAAGAAUUUAGGAACUGGUUUUUCUUUCAUUUUGUUUUUUUCUGAUAUUCCGGUCUAAGUGACAUUUUAUGAGAGAUUUCUGUUAAUAAUGUCAUAAAAAGUCACAGAAUGUGAUACGACAAUUUUUCCAUUAUUAAUGACACAUGAUGACAUUCGAACAUAUCGAUUUCCUAUACCAAAUUAAGAACUUAAUGUUUGGGUUAUUGUUGAGAUUACUGAUUUAAUUGUAGUUUUGCAACAAUUGUUAUAAUAUAUUCCUUAUUAUACAUUCCUUAUUCCGUAUUACCACAGAGUUAUCACAUUUUUUAAAUGUUUUUUUGCGCACAGUGUAUCUCUCUGAAAAUAUUAGUCCAAGCAAAAACAUGCAAUGGUUUUUCGGCUCGUAUUUUCAAAAUCGAUUGCAUUUUAGUGUUAAAAAGCAAAGGUACAGUCAUCAGUUUCAAUUCCGGGACACCUGGAGCGUUUUCUGAAGGCUGAAAAUUUGUAGAUAACAUUCGAAUGCAAUGUAAAACAAAAAAAUAACAGUUAGACAGAGCAGUAUGGGGACAAAAAGCGUCAGCGGUACCUCAAACGCGCUGUCAAAAAUAUUUUGUCACGCAAAGUGAUUUUUGAAGGCUUAAACUUUGCAAGUUAAUAGUGAAAUCUUACAUGUUUUUGUACCCGACUCUCCGACUAUAUAAAUAUAUCGUUUUUUCGUAUUUUCCUGUGAACUUCCAUCAACAGGUGAUUCAAUCAGAAACAUUUAGAGUGAUAUUUUUCUUGCGUAUUAUGUUGUUCUUUUUUUUUUCAUUUACAAUCUCUAAAGAAUUAUACAUAUCAAGUUCUUCAAAUUUUGUUGUAACUAGAAAAUUAAAUAUUAAACAUAAUGUAUUUUGACAUCUAAUCUUUUUACAUUCGUUUAUACUUUAUUUACAUAGACUUGCCGUCUUAGAUUUUAUUUUUGAAUUACCACUUUUUUGUUUCUUGUUAAUUAAAGAAAAUUAAAUUUUUAUAUUUAUUUUGACAUAAUUUAUUUAAAAAUAUGGAGGUCAGCAAUAAUUAAUGUUUAUAUUAUAUACAUUGUCCUUGCAAUAUCAUUCACAAAGUACCGGGUGGCUAAGAAUGGACGCCGGCUUUAUCUCAAAAACUACUUAUCGUAUAACUUUGGGAGAACAAUUUUAAUGAGUAAAUCGACCAAGA